CUCGCGGCAGCCUUCGCUUCCGGAGGGGAAGCCGAGCCGGCUGAAGCGAUGGCGGCUGGAGGCAGCGAGGUCCGGGUCGCGGACGUGGAGGAGGACGCCUCGCAGCUCGUCUUUCCCAAAGAAUUUGAAACUGCUGAGACACUUCUAAAUUCAGAAGUGCACAUGCUUCUUGAGCAUCGUAAACAACAGAAUGAAAGUGCUGAGGAUGAGCAGGAACUCUCAGAAGUCUUCAUGAAAACUCUGAACUACACAGCUCGCUUCAGCCGCUUCAAAAAUCGGGAGACCAUUGCCAGCGUCCGCAGUUUGUUGCUCCAGAAAAAGCUCCAUAAAUUUGAAUUGGCGUGUUUGGCUAAUCUGUGUCCUGAGACAGCUGAGGAGGCCAAGGCUUUGAUUCCCAGCCUAGAGGGCCGGUUUGAAGAUGAGGAGCUACAGCAGAUUCUUGAUGACAUUCAGACCAAACGAAGCUUCCAGUAUUAGGGCUAAUUACUAGCCCUUCUUAUGAAAAGAAAGAUCAGAGAACUUCAGAUGUUUCUGUGCAUACCAGACCAGGCUAGCUAGCUCUAGGACAGAGCAAAGGGAGUUCUUGAUGCACAGUACUUCAGCCUUGCGUCCCACACAGACAUGUUUAAACUGGGGACCACUCUUUGACUUGCUGAAUAUUGUAAACUUGACAAAGAUUCAUUUGUGGUGAGAGCCAUGGAAUCUUGGAAACUCUUGUCUAGGUGGUUUCAGUACCUGUUUCCCCCAACUUCCUGUCCCUGCCAUGGGAAUCUUCGAAGUGUUUUUGGUUACAGGACCUAGAAUAAGCGUAGGUGUGAUUCUUCUUUCUUAUGAACUCCAGUUACCUAAGGUGGAGAAAUUUUGUGCCCGUUGGUUGUUGAAAAUCCUAGUAGUUUGUAGAAUCAGGGCUAAUAAGAAUCUGACUGUCUUUUGAAAUGUUUGUUCAAGAUAAUGUUUUUUUCCCCCCUUCAAGAGUGCAUCAUUGUUCAGUUUGAAUUAAACUGUGAUUUUUCUUA